GGGGGGGAGAGAGAGGGAGACGGGAGAAGGGGGAAGCCGCGUGGAGUGUCUGUGUGUGGCAUCCUCGCUGUGAUCGGCCGCGUCUCGCACGGACACCCGGCAGGAAAUGGACUCGCCGCGGUGCUGAACUCAGUGGGAGAUUAGCGCGGCUCUGCUGUUGUUGUGGUCCCUCUCGGGCAGAGAACGAGCCGGAAUGCGUGCGUGUGGAGUGUCGGCUGCUCCUCUGGAACCGGGAGAUACCCUCUCUGGCUGCUGAGCGCUCGAUUUCACAACCUUCCCCCGGACCAUCGACCCUCGGAUUCAUCCCACCCAAGCGGACGCCACUUCAUCUUUAUUUUGGUUCUCUCGGCAGGGAGUAAACUGGUCUUUUCUGUACUACUUUUUAUUUCUCCAAUACGUGAGAUAUCUUUAUUCUCAUUUUUUUUAAACCUCCCACGAUUUUUUUUGAAAAAAUAUCUCCGGGCCGGUGAGGCCGGCCGAGACUGUGAAAUGAUCUGCGAGCCCGAGUGUGAAGCGCCGUCGGCCCCCCUUUACUUGCCCGCACAAAGGGACUUGUAAAACCUCGCCUCCGCCGGAGAGGUCUUAUUGCUUUGUUCUUGUAGCACUGGGAGUGGUUCCGAUCCUGAGCGGCGUGGCGGUGGACUUCUUUACAGCUGUGUGUUUGUGUGUUGUUUUUGUGUUAUUGCCUCGUUUAGCCUCCGACUUGCAUCUACCUAGAGUAUCCUUGGUCAGGGAUACAUUGUUCAAGAGAUGUAUCCACAAAGCAGGCACCCGGCCCCGCAUCAGCCCUCUCAACCGUUCAAAUUCACCGUGGCCGAAUCAUGCGACCGGAUCAAAGAGGAAUUUCAGUUCUUACAAGCGCAGUAUCACAGUUUGAAGAUGGAAUGUGAUAAACUCGCGAAUGAAAAAACGGAGAUGCAACGUCACUAUGUUAUGUAUUACGAGAUGUCUUAUGGUCUGAACAUUGAAAUGCAUAAGCAGACGGAGAUUGCCAAACGGCUAAACACCAUCUUGGCACAGAUUAUGCCUUUUCUCUCUCAAGAGCACCAGCAACAAGUAGCUCAAGCCGUCGAACGUGCCAAGCAAGUAACAAUGACGGAGCUAAAUUCGAUCAUCGGGGUACGUGGAGUUCCCAAUCUGCCUCUCACACAGCACCACGCUUUCUACCCACCUCUCAUGCAGCAGCAGCUCCAGGCUCAGCACCUCUCCCACACUCACGCUCCCGUCCAAAUGCCUCCCCACCCCUCCGGACUUCAGCCUCCUGGAAUCCCCCCCGUCACUGGGAGCACCUCUGGACUCCUGGCGCUCUCCAGCGCCCUGGGCAGCCAGGCCCAGCUGUCGGUGAAGGACGAGAAGAAUCACCACGAGCUGGACCAUCGAGAGAGGGACUCCGGUGUGAAUAACUCAGUCUCGCCUUCAGACAGCCUACGGCCAAAUGAAAGAAACAACAGGAGUUCCUCUGACUAUCUGGACGCAAAGAAGCGAAAGGUUGAGGAGAAGGACUCAAUGAACAGAUAUGACAGUGAUGGUGAGAAGAGCGAUGAUUUGGUUGUGGAUGUUUCCAACGAGGAUCCGGCCACACCUCGGGUCAGCCCUGUCCACUCUCCCCGUGAGAACGGCCUGGACAAGGCUCGCGGCAUGAAGAAGGACGCGCCCAACAGUCCCGCCUCUGUGGCUUCAUCCAGCAGCACGCCGUCAUCAAAGACAAAGGAGAUGGGCCAUAACGACAAGUCAUUGACCCCUGGCCUGAAGUCGAAUACUCCAACUCCACGCAACGAGGCUCCCACUCCGGGUACCAGCUCCACCCCGGGCCUGCGGACUAUCACGGGAAAGCCCCCUGGCAUCGACUCGUUAGCACCAGCCCUUCGUGCACCAAUCUCACUGGCUGGCUCGUAUGCGCCUUUCGCGAUGAUGCCCCACCACGACAUGAACGGCACGCUGACCAGUCCAGGCCCUUACUCCAGCCUGCACAUCUCACCGCAGAUUAACGCGGCCGCCUAUCGAUCCCCCAUGGUUGGCUUCGACCCCCACUCCCACAUGCGGGCACCCGGACUCUCUGCUAGCAUGGCCUCGAUCCCAGGAGGAAAGCCUGCGUAUUCCUUCCACGUCAGCGCGGACGGACAGAUGCAGCCGGUGCCCUUCCCGCCGGAUGCACUGAUCGGCUCCGGAAUCCCCCGGCACGCUCGGCAGAUCAACACCUUGAAUCACGGCGAGGUGGUGUGUGCCGUCACCAUCAGCAACCCCACCAGGCACGUCUACACCGGGGGCAAGGGCUGCGUGAAGAUCUGGGACAUAAGCCAGCCCGGCAGCAAGAGUCCCGUCUCCCAGUUAGACUGCCUAAACCGGGAUAACUACAUUCGUUCCUGCAAGCUUCUCCCCGAUGGACGUACGCUGAUCGUUGGAGGGGAGGCGAGCACGCUCACGAUAUGGGACCUGGCCUCGCCCACACCGCGGAUCAAGGCCGAGCUCACGUCCUCCGCGCCGGCCUGCUACGCGCUGGCUAUUAGCCCUGACGCUAAAGUCUGUUUCUCCUGCUGUAGUGACGGGAACAUAGCCGUGUGGGAUCUGCACAAUCAGACGCUCGUCAGGCAGUUCCAAGGGCACACAGAUGGUGCCAGUUGUAUAGAUAUCUCUCAUGAUGGCACUAAACUAUGGACGGGAGGUUUGGAUAACACCGUGAGGUCCUGGGAUUUAAGGGAAGGACGGCAACUUCAGCAACAUGACUUUACCUCACAGAUCUUCUCUCUGGGUUACUGCCCCACGGGUGAGUGGUUAGCAGUGGGAAUGGAGAGCAGCAACGUGGAAGUGUUGCAUCACACUAAACCAGACAAGUAUCAGCUUCACCUGCAUGAGAGCUGCGUCCUGUCGCUCAAGUUUGCCUACUGUGGGAAGUGGUUUGUCAGCACUGGGAAGGACAACCUACUGAAUGCCUGGAGAACACCGUACGGUGCCAGUAUAUUUCAGUCAAAGGAAUCCUCAUCUGUGUUAAGUUGUGAUAUCUCGGCUGAUGACAAGUACAUUGUCACUGGAUCUGGCGACAAAAAAGCAACGGUCUAUGAGGUCAUCUACUGAAGGAGGACAAACCACGUUAGCACUUUAGAUUGCGGCAUUCAGGAUUGGCUCGAAAUACACCUUUCGUACAGAGAAGGAAUCUAUUGUAUGUUGCAGUCAACCUAACGAGAGAACUGGUUUACGAAGCUCGCUUUUGGGGUAUUCGAGGCUUGCUUUCCGUCAGAGCUGAUGACUCUCCUUGUGGCUAAGGGAGGCUUGGAGUGCACCCUGUAUGAAUGGGAGAUGUUUGAGAUUUACCGGCAGCCCAACCAGAACUUCCUUUCUCUGAACUUUUUCCACGACGAACCUUGGGAAGCACCACUGAGCAGUACAGCGCACACAGAUGUCUUGGACUCCGAUGUGGAGCGGUGCUUCGCUCGUGAACUGUGCUGUAAAUAUUGGGUGGAGUUGGGGUUCUGCCCAGCUCUUUGGGGGUACUUCCGCAUUGUGCCCUGAGACGUGGCACCAAGUUCUGGGGUGCAGCCUGUGGGGAAUUGAACUGUGUCCCAGGAAAAUAAAAAAAAACAAAACAAAGUUUAGAAGAGAGUUGUUCUAGAUUGAGAGGGAAUGGCCCAAGGGAUGUGGAAAGUGGAAAAGUUGGCCUUAUUGUGAGUAUACCUUCCGACCUAUGGAUUUCAGGUCUUCACUCUUGCUUCAAGGCCAACAUUCUCACGAGGGAACUGAACCGGACGAUAUGUUGAUGUGAUGUUGAAGACACUGCUCAGGGAAGCUGUAGAACAGGCUUGAGUGUUUCUCGUUGUUCCUCCAUUGUGUGCGUCGAACCAUUGACGGGGAAGUUCGUUGGAGGUGGUGAUGGAGGAUAUGGACUUUUCAGAAUAGAUUUAUUUUUUAAGAAUUCCCUCUGCCCACACGAGUUUCUCUGCUUCGUGAUUGAAUUGUUCUCAGGUCAGCUUUAGUCUGACCUGUUCUAUGUGUGUAUAUAUGUUCAAAUUCCAGAUAGCUAGUGGUUGCAGUUCCUGCAAAAAAAAGUCUUGAUUUAUUUUUACUUUUUAACACUUCAGCUGUAAGAGUAAAGUACAUAACAAUAGUGUCUCACAAAGUAUUGCCGUGUGUCUUUCUAUGUUCGGUUACGAGUGGCGUUCAUUGAAUCCGAGAGCUAUACUGCACAGGGAAAGGCCCUUCGGCCCAGCUUGUCUGUAUGUGUACAAACUUCAUGGAACAUUACAACACAGUACAGGCCCUUUGACCCACUAUGUUGUGCCAACGUUUUAACCUACUCCAAGAUCAAUCUAACUUCCCUCCUACAUAGUCCUUCAUUUUUCUAUUAUCCAUGUGCCCAUCAAGAGUUCCUAAUGCCCCUAAUGUGUCUGUCUCUACCAACACCCUCAGCAGGGCAUUUCUGUAAAGGACUUGCCUCUGACAACCUCCCUAUCCUUUCCUCCAAUCACCUUAAAAUUACACCCCCUAGUGUUAACCAUUUCUACCUUGGGCAAAAGUCUCUGGCUGUCCACUCUUGUGCACCUCUAUCCAGUCACCUGUCAUCCUUCUCCACUCCAAAAGGAAAGCAGUAGCUCGCCACAGAAUGAGAUGAGGCCACUUUUGAAGUUCUGUGGAAUCGGAUGAAACGGGGACAUGCAGUAUGUUGUUUCAAGGCUCAGUCAGGUUUGAGGUGGUGAUGUUGUUAUGAGUCUAUGUGCCUAUCAGAACUGAGCAGCCAGUGUCCAUAUUGCCCUCCGGACUAUACUGCUGUUUGGACAAGACACAGGAGCAGAAUUAGCUCAUCGAGUCUGUUUCGCCAUUCCACCUUGGCUGAUUUAUUAUUCCCCUCAUCCCAUUCUUCCCCUAACCCCCAUCUAGUCAAGAACCUAUCAACCUCCGCUUUAAAUAACCAAUAACUUGGCCUCCACAGCUGUCUGUGGCAAUGAAUUCCACAGAUUCACCACCCUCUGGCUAAAGAAAUUCCUCCUCAUCUCUGUUGUGAAUGGUAGUGCUAUUCUGAGGCUGUGCCCUCUGGCCCUACAUUCCUCCACUAUCGCAAACAUCCACUCCAUCUAGGCCUUUCAGUAUUUGAUAGGUUUCAAUGAGAUUCUGCCCACCCCCCCACCAUUCUUCUGAAAUCCAGAGAGUAUAGACCAAA